GGCCCUAGCGGGGUGCAUUUAAGUCUUCUUCGAUUUAAAUAUUUGUAAAUGGUUGAUUAGAAACAAAUAAAGAAAUAUACAAUUAUACAAGCACAAUUUGGAUGUGGAUGUGGAUGGAGGAUUCUUACUCUUACGCGUCAAGGAUAUUAUUAUAAGAAGCUCCAGAGGCAUCCCCUGUUCGUUCCUCUGCGCUUCAAACGUCAUUGUCGCUUUCUUCAAACGCCUGCAAAACGUGUUCCUUCAGCUCUGUCUCUCUAUCUUCCCUGUUCUGGCUUUCCUCCCCAACCACUCACCAGAUCAAGUAAUUCUAUAGAAGAAGAAGAACUCUAAGAAGAAGAAGAAGAAGAAGAAGAACUCUAAGAAGAAGAAGCAAGAAGAAGAAAGGAACAAUCAUGUGCUGCGAAGGCGAUUGCAGGCCUCUGGGCUUUCUGUUGGGCCUUCCGUUCGCCUUCCUCUCUCUCCUCAUCUCCAUCGUCGGCGUCGUCGUCUGGAUCGUCGGAUUGUUGUUGACGUGCUUAUGCCCGUGUUGCCUGUGCGUGACGGUGAUAGUGGAACUAGCUUUGGAGCUCAUCAAGGCGCCUAUUCAUGUCAUGGAAUGGUUCACCGAUCAGAUCCCCUGUUAGAUUUAUACCCUUUAUUCCCUAGCGUGUCUUUAAAUUUGUAGGGUGCUCUCGUUCUCACUCUGUAAGUUAUUCUUCGUGGGGUUUUCUUCCUUGUUUGAUUGUUUGAUGAUCCACCACAGGUUUCCAUGAAAUUUUCAGCAUACCUUAUCUGAUUGUUUUGUAUCUGUAACCAAUAAAUAAACGAAUGAUGUUUUUUUA